UCAUUUGUCAUCUCCGAUUUUGAUGAAUUUCAGUUGAAGAUUUUGAAAAUAUUUGUAGGUAUUUUACUAUUUAACAUCACUUUAAUUUUCCUACUAUGGAAUAUCUAUAAAGAUAGAAUACAUGAAAGAUUCAUCAAACCAGCGUCAUCUUGCAUAAUUGAAGAAUUGAAGAAAAGCGUUUCUCAGUUGAAAUUGCCGAGAGGACAUUCCCCCAGAGUAUAGAACUAUGGCAGAAAAUAUCAAAAAAUUUUUCAAGAAAACAAAAGUAGACCUUAAAUUUAAAAAGGCUGGACCGGGUCAACGAUUGAAUGAAGAAACCAAAAAACCUUCUCCGCGUGCUGAAGAGCCGUCGUUUUCUCGAGUAGAACCAACAGCUGAAGCUAAACAAGCUGCGGCUGCCGCAUUAGCUCGAAUCCAGAAUACUUCUGGUCCUGCAGGAUUUAACAAAUCAUCUUUAUACAGUAAGGCGAAGAGCGAGGUAGCGAAAGAAAUUAGGUCGUCUGAAGCGACGGCGAGUAAUUCGGGUGAUAAAACGUCCAAUGUUCCUACGAAAAGUGAAGAAGAAGAUUUAAGUCAUUUUGCAGCUAGUGGUGUUUACUUCAGAUGUCCUUUAAUCAGCGAAGAAAUCCUAUCGAAAACGGAGUGGAAAACCAAGAUAAAAACUUAUUUAUACGAGCAAUUGGAAACUGAAAAAGGGUUAAUAGCUUGUGUAAUAAUUCGUAAUUGUAAUAAAAACCCAGAUAAGAUUGCUAUGUGCGUCGAUACGUUGAAUAAAUAUUUGAGAAAUAUAGUCAGCAAUCCAGUCGAAGAAAAGUUUCGUAAAAUACGAUUGUCAAACAAAGUAUUUCAAGAUAAAGUGGCAGGAAUGGAAGGUGCUAUGGAAUUCUUAGAAGCUGCUGGUUUUGUCAAAGAAUCGUUGACAGUGAACGAUGAACUGGAAGAAUUUCUGGUCAUGCCUGCUGAAAAAUCUGCCGAUAUAGAUAUGUUAGAGAGUUUAAUGGAUGCUCUAAAUACUGCCGAAACAUUCACGUUAGAAUUGGAUAGAAACGUACGAAUAUUACUCCCAUCACAAGCAGAACGCCAAACUAAGUUACCCGAUGAUUUUUUUCGCUAUACUCCAGAAGAAUUAAAAAAAGAACAGCAGGCUCGGAGCGAAUCUGUAGAUAGCAUGCUGAUUUUACGUACCAAAGCUAUGCGUGAAAAACACGAACAAAAAGAAAUGAAGAAGUAUAGGUACGCUUUGAUAAGAAUUCGUUUUCCCGAUGGCAUAUUAUUACAGGGCACAUUUUCAGUUCACGAAAAAUUUGAAGAGGUCAAUAAAUUUGUGGAGGAAAAUUUAUCACGGGAUUGCGAGUUUUCCUUGGUGAUCGCCGAUGUUGGCAAAAAUUUUGUUGAAGAAGAUUUUGACAAGACUUUACUAGAAUUACGUUUAGUUCCUGCUGCGGUUUUACUUUUUCAUUCGGAUAAUUUUUCUUCUUCUGAAGAACCAGUUUUAUCGUAUUUGAAGCCAGACGUUGCAAUUUUAUUGCAAAACAUUUGAAAUACAAUUCGCGGCUGAAAUUUUUUUUGAAUUUUGUUUGUAUUUAUAUUCAAAAAUGAAAGUAUGUAUGUAUCUAAGAAUCAGAAUACAGAAAAUCGGUGGUUUAAAAUAAAAUACAUGAAUCCAAAAAAUUAGCAUUUCCAGAUGAGCGUUAUUUUUUUUUAACGCUACUCGAUCUUUUUCGGUUUUUAUCGCGGUAUUCUUUGGUACAGAAGUUGAAAAUAAACAGUUAUUUAUGCACCUCUAUCGUA